CUUCAUUGCAGGAGUUGUUACUAUAGAAGACUAGAAGUAAGAUGGCAAAUAAAAAGAUUAUUGCUGUGAUUCUGCUCCUGGAAAUAUUUCUUGUAGGAGUAGUAACGGGCCAGCAAAAUAUCAUCAAUUUGAAAAAUGGAGCUUAUUCGAAUCUACUCAUCGCAAUCGACAAGACUGUGACUGAAGAUCUCAGCAUCAUUGACAACAUCAAAACGAUGUUUACAUCAGCAUCUGAGCGUCUCUACCUUGCCAGCAAGCAGCACGUCUACUGGAAGCACAUCAAGAUACUGGUACCUAACACUUGGUCCAUCCAGAGCGGGUAUCAAUUUGCUCGAACCGAAACGCUGGAGUCGGCCAACAUUAUCGUGCACAACUUUCCUGAUGACGAGCCGUUUGUCGAUAACUAUGCAGGAUGUGGGAAAGAAGGAAAGUGGAUGCACAUGACGCCGGACUAUAUUCUAAGCGAGACGUACCGAGAAGACAAGUUUGGUUCCACAGACAACGUGUUAGUUCGAAGUUGGAGCUAUCUACGUUGGGGGUUAUUCAAGGAGCACUAUGAUGGUAAGGGCGUUGGUGCCCCUGCCUAUGACUCACCUGGUGUAGGUACUGAAGGGACCCGCUGUUCUCUCAAGAUCAACGGAGGUGUUAAGAAUGCUAAAGGAACUCCAUGCCAAAGUAAUCCUAACGGUGGUUAUGAUUCCGAUUGCCGCUUCAUUCCUGAUAAUAAAGAACAAACUGCAACCGCUUCAUUGUUAUUCGGAACGAAUUAUGCUCAUAUACAUUCGAUAAAGGAGUUUUGUAGUGACGAUCAAUCAGAUCCAAAUAACUUACACAAUCCAGAAGCACCAAACUUGAUGAAUAUUAAAUGCAGUGGUGACAGUGCUUGGAAGGUAAUGACAGAGCGAACAACAGACUUCACAGCAGGUAUCCAACCUGUCUCAAACACCACUCCUACAUUCGAUGUCAUCCAGCUAUCUACAAUCAGAAGUGUAGUACUUGUGCUCGACAUUAGUGGUAGUAUGAGCGGAAACAGGUUUGACAGGAUGAUCCAAUCAUCUACUGACUACAUCAUGAAUGUUAUUCCAGACGGAAGCAAGCUUGGAAUCGUAGUCUUCGACACUGCAUCUGAAAUCAGAGCGAAUCUCAUCGAUGUUACUGACAAGGCCUCGAGACAAAGUCUCGUCAAUGCCUUGCCUCCAUCCACUAAAAGCUCUACGUGUAUUGGAUGUGGAAUACUGUCGGGCAUUCAGGUACUGGGAUCAUACGCGCAAGGUGGAUACAUCGUACUCCUCAGUGAUGGCGGAGAGAAUGUUUCUCCAUUAAUCGGCGAUACGUAUGCCGAGAUUGAGAGCUCAGGAGUUAUAAUUGACACCAUCACCAUAAGCAACUCAGCUGACCAGCAGCUGGAAGAUCUUUCCACCAUGACUUCUGGUAUCUCGACCUUCUGUUCUGAUAUAGGAACUGGGACAUGUCUCAUCCAGGCUUUCCAGAGCACUAUAACUGAGAGACCUGGUGUUGGUGUUGGGACUGUUCCCAUACAGAUCUACAGUUCCGAGAUCGUCAUCGAAAGAUAUCCUGGUCUUGAAGUCGUUCCGGUAAUCAUCGAUGCCGCAUUGGGUAACGAGACGGUGAUCACUGUGAUAUGGACCACGAGUUCGUCGAUAUCGGUCGUAGUCACUGGACCAGACGGUACUCGCAUUGAUGAAUAUGAUCAACGUUAUAAUAUUGAUACCAACACGAAGAUUGUAACGAUCAACCUACCGCUAGCGCAGCCUGGUAGAUGGAAUGUUACGAUACACAACACCGGAGUAGCUACCGAGUACGCUAGUGUUGCAGUAACAUCUAAACCAAGCACGGAGGAAUACAAGCCAGUCACAGUCACUGUUCUACUAGGAUCACGUGAGGUGGACUUUUCUCACACUCCAGCACUAGCUAUCUAUACUCAGGUUCAACAAGAUUACCAACCUGUUCUCAAUGCUGACGUCACAGCUAUCAUUUCAGACGCCUCUUCCUCCACGACCACGAUGAUACUGCUUGAUAACGGAUCAGGCUCAGACUUAUUCAAAGACGAUGGUACGUAUUCAGGGUUCUUUCUAAACUUCGCUUCUAAUGGCAGAUAUAACGUCAAGGUCAAUGUCCUCGGCUAUGACGACGUAAUCGAAGUCGCAGAGAAGGGAAGAAGCAGACGAUCAGCUCAAGUUGAGGUGGAGACCGAAGCAGAGCCAUCUUUUAUGCGUACAGCAUCGGGAGGAGUCUUCAAAGUCCAGAGCUACACUCCAAACGCUCCCGAUACCCUACCACCUUCUCGUAUCCAGGACCUGGUGUAUACAUCUUUCUCCUAUGACAACAGCACGGUGACCCUCACCUGGACUGCUGUAGGAGAUGACAUGGACCAAGGAACAGCCUACAGCUACGAACUCCGAUAUUCCACCAACUUCUCUGAGGUACGGGACAACUUCGACAACAGUACCAGGGUCACUCAGGAUCAACUGGUAUAUGGGAACCUAUCCCAUAUCAAUCCAUCAGGAGUUAUUGAAAUUGUUACUGUCACCCUCCCAGAGAAGGGGGAAGAUAUCGUGUAUUACUUUGCUAUUCGGGCUUGGGAUGAGACUGGGAACGGAGGACAGUUGUCCAACAUUGCGUCCUUGUCGAUUCGUUUCAUUCCAUUACCUGUAACUUCCACAAUUGACCCUACCGUGCUUGCUACUGAUGCAGUGACAGAACUGACUACCAACCAAGGUACUCUAGAGACCACUGAGGAACCAACUGGACAAAAAAAUCAAGCCUUAAUCAUUGGUUUGUCUUGUGCACUAGGCGCAGUAUUCGUGGCGUGUGUCAGUUUAAUGUACAUCUGCUAUCUGAAGCACAGUCUCACCCAGGUGAAGCCUACCACACCGCCUGAAUCAACAUGGACACAGCAAGAUCUUCCUGAUACAGAGAUGGUACAACAGAAUCCUACCUAUGAUAAUUCUGCUCUAUAUACAGCUUGA